AAAGCUUUACAAGUCGACAAAAAUCUAGGAAAAUCGGGCCAUUCCUCAGGAAAACCUAGCAGAAACGCAUCCCUGUAGCCAUCAAAUAUAGAUUUUAUGUUUCUCUUCUAAAGUCUCUUUUCUCCCAAUAUGAAGAACAGCCUAAUCGGAACCCAUCUUUCUCAGAUACAAAAACGUUUUCUGCGAGCAUCUGCAAUACCCUUCUCUUCCAAUUCUCCAUUGCCCACUGCCACUUCCUCACAGUCUUUUACAGUUCAACAUCUCGUCAACUCAUGUGGGAUUCCCCUAGAAUCUGCUCUUUCAGACUCCCGGAAGGGUCAGGUCGACGAGAAUCACCUACAGAGAGCUCAAUCUGUACUGGAAGUCUUGAAAGCUCACAACUUCACUGAUACCCAUGUGGCCAGAUUGAUCUCAAAACAGCCCCAAGUCCUCCAUUGCAGAGUGAGCGAAAAUCUCCAGCCUAAAUUUGAGUACCUCAUGAAAAAUGGCUUUGUAGGUGAGCUUCUGCCUGAGCUUAUUGUGUCAAAUCCGAUAAUUUUGAGAAGGGCUUUAGAUACUCAAAUCAAACCAUCUUUUGAGUUGUUGAGGUCUUAUCUUUAUAGUAAUGACAAAAUUGUAUCGGCUAUGAAGCGUAGUUCAUGGUUGUUGACGUUUAAUUUGAAGGGUACAAUGCAACCAAAUAUGGAUUUCUUAAAAAAAGAAGGUGUGCCUCCUCAUAUCCUCGAAAAUCUUAUUAAGUCGCACCCAAGAACUCUAAUGCAAAAGCAUAAUAGGAUGGUUUAUGCAGUGAAUACUGUUAAAAAUCUGGGCCUUAAAUCGACGUCUGGAAUGUUUAUACAUGCUGUUAGAGUGAUGAUAUCAAUGAGUGAGUAUACUUGGAAGAAGAAAGUUGAGCUGAUGAAGAGUUUUGGAUGGUGUGAAGAAGAGAUUUUGUCGGCUUUUGUGCGAGAACCGCUUUGCUUAGCUUGCUCAGAGGAGAAAAUCAAGAAUGUGAUGGAUUUCUACAUGAACACUAUGAAGUUGGAACCGCAUACUAUAAUUGCGUAUCCCAAGUUUCUUAUGUAUGCAGUUGACAAAAGGCUUCGUCCAAGGUAUGAUGUUUUGAAGGUUUUGGAGUCAAAGGAACCGAUUGAAGGGAACAGAAAAAUUGGAUGGUUGUUCACAAUAUCUGAGAAGAAAUUCCUUACGAAUUAUGUUAAUAGGUAUGCAGAUGAAGUCCCAGGUUUAUUGGAGAUGUAUGUUGGCGCCAAGAAAUCUAAAAAGCUAGGUACUUCAUAGCAAAGUUGGUUUGACAAUUGGAAAUAUACUGGCCAAGGUGGCAACAUUUUUGUUUUCAGUUCUAAUCUUAAUGCUUCUAGAAGAGGGAAGAUUACUUCAAUUGGUAGUAGUGGAUGUAGAAGGGAAAUGUACAUUAAUGUUUUUGUCAUAGCUGCCACAACAUACAUGCACACAAACUAAAUGAUUGAAAGAUGAAGAAUCAUUGUGUAUUCCCAGAUUGGGAUUGUUUGCAUAUGAAUGUGAAAUCAGUAAAUCAGUUUUUCAACC